AUGAAUCAAUCUAGUGUUCAACUUCUUGAUCUACCUGACGAAGUGUUAUUGGAUAUAUUGAAGAAACUUGACAAUGUUGACGUUCUUUAUGCAUUAUUUGGCAUUGAUAAUGGACGACUUAACAGGACGACGGUUGAUUCAGUACUUGAUCGCCUUUUCAAUUAUAUAUUACCUCAGAUUCAUGACAAUGUGGAAUGUCUCACUGUUGAACCAGCGUUCAUGGAACGUAUUCUUCUUGCUGCUCAUUAUCCCAAUUUGACUGAGUUGAAAAUUAAUGAUUUUCAACGUGACAAUUCCUCACGUUAUUUCGCAGGUAAGGAAGUAUCCUACAUUCCAUCAACCGAAGCAGCACAGUACAACGAUACUGCAUACAAUAUACUAUUGAUGACGCUUCUUUAUUAUAUUUUAAAUUAG